ACAUUGAAUUUUGAUUUAGGAUUGUGAGCAGACAGAUUCAGAUUCUGGGAUAUCAGAUACUGAGAACGUGGGAAGUCCUUUCAGCUCUGGGUCUGAUCAUGUUCCUGGGAGUCCAGGUUCUGAGCUUACUCCGGAGAGUCUAGAUUCAGAGUAUGCAUUUGAAAGUUCAAGUUCGGAGCAUGCCCCUGAAAGUUUUGGUUUGAUGCAUACAUCUGACCGAGAUGUUUCUCAAGUUGGGAAGCCUGAUGUUGAAGAAUGUUUGGCGAGUGGAAAUGUGAAUAGUACUUUAGGAGCAAGUGACAUGUUUCCUGAGUUCUACGAGGAUGACCUGAUGGAUCUAGAUGACGGGGCCGGGGUAGAGUACGGUCCUGAGAUACCUCCUGAGCUGGUCCAGGCUUGUAUACCAGAACUAGAGGACCAUGGGGCCAUUCAGUACGAACUGCUUCACAUGGACGAACAGCUGUUGAACCUGGACUACAACAUUGAAGACCUAGACGAGGCUUUUAUCAAGAUGGACGAGGAGAUCGCCCUGACCUUUAGCGAGGACGACCUCAUGAACCAAGACCAGGAUAUGGAAGGGUUCGACGAAGAAAUAUUUGAACGUCCAAAUCCCUUCGAUGACUGGGAGCGUGAGUCGUUCUCAGCUAUUCCUGACCUGCUCCAGUUGGACGCGAUCAAUGAAGAACCUCUCUUCCCCAUCCAGGAGGAGACCAGGGAGAGGGAGAAUCUGGACGAUCUUGGUCUGAACCUCGGAGUUGCUGGAUUAGAUGAGUUUGAUCUAAAUAUGUUGAACAGUCCCCGCUCUACUGAGCUGUUGAGUGAGGAUGAGAUUCUCCGGAAUGAUGUUAUGUUCUCCAGAGCUAGAGACUCCGGAGAUCUCAAUGCUGAACCUGUAGAGGACGAAGAGAAAAAAGCUCACGAGUCGGCAGAAGCUCAUCGUCAGGUUUAUACGCCCGAGACGUUUAUUCGAGGCAAAAGUGAGGAGGAGGAGGACAUCCUCGAUAUAUCAUUGGAGGAUGCUCUGGAGGGAGUAUCGGAGGAGUCCUUGGAGAAUAUUGAUGUAGCUCUGGAACAGGCGGAGGGAAUUCUGGAGGGGGAUAUUAUAGCUCAGGUGAUGAAGGAGAGUGGAAUACUUGAGGCAGAAGUUAAACUUGAAACUGAACCUGAAUACAGUAAACCAGAAUCCAUCCACACAGAACAGCUCAAGCUAGAGGAUAUAAAGGUGGAGGACGAGGACGAGGUUCUCCAUGAGGAGAUCCUCGACGUGGUUUCCUCGGAGGAGUUCCAAACCUCCCUUCAACUUUCCGGAGGAGCUUGUGCACAGGUUGAUCUGGAUACAUUGUACGGAAGAAGAUCUGGGAAAGGAGUUCCUGAGUUUUCUCUCUCCUACCAACCGUUCUUUAGCUGGGACGGGUUUAACAAUGAUCAUGGGAGCUAUACUGCUGCUAAACUUGAACCUGGAGUUAAACUUGAGUCCGAGCUAGAAAAGGAGUCAGGAGACGGAGGUCUAAGGUCAGGGUUGGGGGGUCGGAGGAGAAAUGAAAGUGAGUCUUCUGGGUACUAUUCGAGUGAGGAUAGCAGGUGUACUAGGGAUGAGAAGUUAGCAGCGAAGGUUGGGCUUCCCUACACUGUUCGUGAAUUAAUAAACUGCCCAGUAGACAGAUUUAAUAUGAUUCUAGCAGACUCAACCCUCUCACCUCAUCAGGUUAAGAUCUGUAAAGAUAUAAGACGACGAGGAAAGAACAAGGUUGCAGCACAGAACUGUAGGAAACGUAAACUGGAAACUAUUGAAGAGCUCCAGGUUCAGGUGGAGAGUGUACGUAGAAGACGGGAGCAACUGCUCCGAGAGAGGGACAGGUUGGAGCAGGAGAGGAGAAGGUGGAGCAGUAAACUCAUCAGGAUGGAGCAGUUUGUCAUGUCAGGACUAGGGAAGGACAUUGCGGAGUUCACCAUUCAGGUAGUUGAUGACCGUGUGGAGUUGACCUCCAGGCUAGGAGGAGGUCGGGGUCGAGGUGGAAGAUCGAGGAACUAAUCUGCUCAACAAGUGGAUUAUUCGCUAAGAUUUGAGACUGAACUACAAAUAUUCAUCCUGGUACAUCAUUGGCAUCCAUUCAGAUUCAUGUUUCUCCUUCUCUUAAAUAUAUCAUCAUCCAGGCCCGGCACAGCUACACUUCAAUCUAUGUUCCGGAUUCUAAUCUGCUUGAUCCGGUUAAUCGAAAAUCCGGAUUAUCAAUUAUUAUUAAUUUCUUUGUGUCUUGUAUUAUCUGUAUCAUUAUUUUAUUUUCCAAAUCUUCUUUAGUGUUG